AGGUUAUGUAUGUUUGGAAGACACCAAUAUUAUCAAGCAAUUUAUAUUUACCUUAUAAGUUUGCCUUGACUCAUUUUAAUAAUAUCGUUAAUUGAUGUUUUUUAGUAAAAUGUCUGACAAAAGGCUGACAAACAGUUUCAAAAGCUAUGUUGGAUUUGAUGAUGAGCCCUUAAACAAUAGUGCUGAAGAGUCAUUUUCUGAACAGCUCUCCCCUCGAUGUUUACCAGGAGAGAUGGUAAUAGCAGAAGCAACACAUGUUCUUCUGUUCUCACCCGUUUCAGAGCAUAAGCGCGGAAAGUCUGGUUCGCUGAUAGUCACAAACUUCAAACUAUCUUUUGUCACUACUGAAGAAUACGACAAAGAUGAAAUGUACUGUCAAGAGAACUUACUAUUGGGAGAAUACGACAUCUGUUUGUCAAAUGUGGACGCCCUGUACCUCCAUGUGGGAGACAAGAAACGAAGCUUGUUGCCAGGGAAAAACGUGUCAGAGAAAGUGAAAGGGCUCGUCGUUGUUUGUAAAAAUAUGAGAGUAAUGACCUUCAGUUUCAAGUUCUCCCCUGUUGGUCACGGUCGGAAUCUUACAAACGCCCUACUACAUCACGCGUUUCCGAAAAGGCACCAACUACUUUUUGCUUACGAUUUCAGAGAGCCGUAUGACGAUUUCCAACGUGACUUGUUUCUACGAUUUCCCACACCCAUGUUUCAUGACCCGGGAGACUGGGGUCAGGAGUUGGCUCGGACUGGAGGGAUCGGCUGGAGGUUGACGUCCAUUAACAAGGAGUUUAAAAUGGCCGCCAGUUUGCCGGAGUGGAUCGUGGUGCCUUCCUCAGCCUCAGACCCACAACUGCUAGAGGCUGCUCGUCACUUCCGUGGUGGCCGACCCCCGCUGUGGUGCUGGAGCUCUCCCCGUGGUGCUGCUCUAGUACGCAUGUCUGACAUACAGCCGUUCCUCACUGACAGGAGGAGUGUAGUUGUGACUGGAGGGUCUGAUAUACUGAACAGUUUCAGACCGGAUACUGCCUCUUGGACCCUACCGAGGGUAAAAGAGAACACGAUGCUGGAGACAGUACGCAAGAGUCAUCCUCGCCUUGCGCAACCCAAGGUGAUGGAGCUCAACAAAGAUGUGCCUUCGCCGCGGGAGUUGCAAGUGAGCUUCGUCAAACUGAGGGACCUCUGUGCACCAGAGAGUAUACGUCAGUUCUGGGCCCAAGACAAUCACUUUCUCAGUAUACUGGAGGGCUCACGGUGGCUGCACUAUGUGUCCAUAUGUCUCGCCAAAGCCCACGAGGCGGCUCUAGGUCUUCACAAUGACUUCACAGUGGUGCUACAAGAGGGUGAUGGGUACGACAUGUGCUGCGUAGUGGCCAGCCUAGCACAGAUUCUGAUAGACCCUCACUACCGCACCAUCAUCGGCUUCCAAUCCCUUGUACAGAAGGAGUGGGUCGCGCUCGGACAUCCGUUCUGCACCAGGCUAGGACAUGUUUACAACAUGGAGACUCAAGAGGCACCAGUGUUUCUGUUGUUCCUGGACUGUGUGUGGCAACUCUUGGAGCAGUUUCCUGGAGAGUUCCAGUUUACUGAGACUUAUCUCACCACUUUGUGGGACUCGGCUCACAUCUCUGUAUUUGAGACAUUCCUGUUUGACUGUGAGCGAGACAGAAAGCUGGCCAUGUCGGACCCCAAUAACCCUCUCACUAUACGUCCUGUGUGGGAUUGGGGAGAGCAGUUCUCGGAAAGAGACGUGUCUUUGUUCUCCAACCCGCUGUACACCCCCCCUCCACCAUCACCGUACUCACUCCCCCCACUACAGGUUCAGACUGGGGUGUCGUCUCUGCAGAUAUGGAGUCAGUGCUACUUCAGGUUCAUCCCCAGCAUGGAGAUCAUUGGUGGAGGAAAACCUCAGGUGGACCUGAACUGCCGACUAUUGGUGUCUCAGAUUGAUCAGCUGGACCGAGGAAUACCCUCCUCCCCCUCCCAACUCCCUCCUCCACUGGAGAGCCUCAGCAAGAUCGGCUCUUUCUUUCCCUUCUCCCGAAGGGCCAACGCAGGACCUGUCGCCGCAGCUUUGCUCAGCGUCAGCUCGUUAACUCUGAACACAAGUUUCCUCUCGUCCGAAGGAAUGUUAGACUCACAAUCCAUCCUGAAUGCUCCUGAUUAAGCUGUUUAGUAUCGUUUCAUCUAUUUAUUAUCUGAGCAAUGUACAAAUGCUAUAAACUCUCUAUGAAUAAGAUUAAUAAUAUGUUAUUAUUUAUAAAAUUUAAUUUAAGUUAUGAAGUUUUUUAAUUGGAGUAGAGUCUGUAAUGGCUUUAUCUUUCCAUGAAAUAUAGUAUUAAUUAGGUUUGUAUUCUUUUGUAUUUUGAGAUUUUUCUAUUUGAUAGCAAAAUGGUUCAAGUGAUAUCUUCAGUACAGACACGGCUUGGUAAACAAAACUAGAAUAUGAAAACGUUACUCGGCACUCCUUAUAGAUUUGACAUCCUUAUGUAGCAGAUCAGGAAUUGUUUUGCCAGCUUGUAUAGAGUCAGAGUGCUGUAUGGAUGCAUUUAAAUAUUUUAAAUGAUAAUUCAAAAUCUGCACCCAAAUUUGGUGAUUCUUAAGACACUAAAAAAGUUGGUAAGACCUCUUCAGGCAUAAUUUUACAUCAGUGAACCACAUUACAUAGCCUGCCUUGUAUUAGACAUAUAAAGCUUAGUUGGUCAGAAAAAUUAUUUAAAAGGUUUGAAGAGAUUACCAUUUUGUUUUACAGUCCCGAGGUUCUCAUGUAUAGCUUUUUCUUGAACCUCAGGCCAAAUCUAUCCCAUUAAUAACAGAGGCUAUUCAUGCAAAUAUUAGAAUGCCGUUACUUCAAAAAUCUGAAACUAUGUGAUGGUUCCUAUUUUAGAAAAUUCAGAUUCAUGUUUUGGGUAGAAAACUCAUGUGAAUGUAGUCAAAACAAACUUUUUGUAUUGCUCCAAACAAAUUUUUCUAAAUAAAACUAAUUGAUUAACCUGGGAUAGCCUAUGUUACAAAUAUA